CCCUGCGCGAAGCGAGUUUGUAAUUUUUAAGUAAUUCCUUUAAAAAUGCCGCCCGGAAGGCAAAUUGCGAGCGACAGCGACAUGGAGACCGUGCUGGAGGAGUUCAAGGAGCGCCAGGGGCGCCGGAACAGCAUCGGGUCGGCCAAGUACGCCUGCAGCGUGCCCAAAUGCGAGGCCACCUUCAAGCGGCUGGACCAGUUGGACCGCCAUGAGUAUCACCACACGGGAAUUAAGAAGCACGCCUGCUCGUACGAGGGCUGCGACAAGACGUACUCCAUCGUGACGCACCUGAAGCGCCACCUGCGCAGCACCCACGAGCGUCCCGAGGCGGCGGCCAAGAAGACGGUGAAGUGCGCGCUCGAGGAAUGCGGCAAGAUGUUCAUCUCGGUCAGCAACAUGACCCGCCACAUGCGCGAAACGCACGAGAGUCCGCGCGUCUAUCGCUGCGGCCACUGCGGCGCCAACUUCUCGCAGAAGCUUAAGCUGAAGCGCCACGAGAUCCGGGAGCACACGCUCGAGUAUCCCUUCGCGUGCUCGAAGUGCUCGCGCGGCUUCUACCAGGAGUGGCAGCGGCAGAGCCACGAGCCCAGCUGCAAGCAGUACGAGUGCCCCGGCUGCCCGCUGAAGUUCGACAAGUGGACGCUGUACACGAAGCAUUGCCGGGAGACGUUGCACGGAAGGAAUCGCCACAAAUGCGACCGCUGCGAGUGCGCCUUCGACAAGCCGAGCGAUCUCAAGCAGCACAUCGAGGUGAGGCACAAGGAGGCCAAGGAGAAGCAGCCGGAAGAGGAGUCAGCUUUCACCUGCACCGAGGAGGGCUGCGGCCGGAGCUACUCGUACCUGAGGAAUCUCCGCCAGCACGUGCUGACCGCCCAUUCGGGCCGACGUUUCGAGUGCCAGAGCGUGGACUGCGGUCGCUGCUUCAGCAGUGCCCAGAAUCUGGCCAAGCAUCUGCUCAGGGACCACAGGGAUGUCCAGAAGAGCCAGAAGAAGAGCGACCAGAGGGCCAAGUUGAAUCCCCGCAAGCGCAGGCGCGACGCCGGACGCAGCAAGCACUCGCGCCUGGCCAAGCUGGCCUGCCUGCAGCUGGACAAGGAGGACGAGGAGGCGGUGCGCGAGCGCCAGCCGUUGGCCCUCGAAAAGGUCACCCAGUCGUUGGCGGAAGACCCCGUCGAAGAGCUGCUGGCACAGACGCUUCAGGAAGCAGAGGAAGUGGAGCAGGAGUAAAAGAAAAGGGAAGGAAGGUCAGGUGAAAACCGGAAUGAGGCUG